GGAGAACAUCGGCUGGACAGCAAAGCGCCCGCUCCCUGCCCGCCGGCGGCGGGGAGGAGCUGCUGCGGGAGAUCGAGGAGCUGCGCUCGGAAAUGACUAUCUCAAGGAUGAAUUGGAUGAACUUCGGGCUGAAAUGGAGGAGAUGCGUGACAGUUAUUUAGAGGAAGAUGUUUAUCAGCUGCAGGAACUCCGGAAAGAGCUGGACCGUGCAAACAAGAACUGCCGCAUCCUGCAGUAUCGUCUCAGGAAAGCAGAACAGAAAAGUUUGAAAGUUGCGCAGACAGGCCAAGUGGAUGGAGAGCUCAUUAGAAGUUUGGAGCAAGAUUUAAAGGUAGCCAAAGAUGUAUCUGUCAGACUGCACCAUGAAUUGGAGAGUGUGGAGGAGAAACGUGUUAAAGCAGAAGAUGAGAAUGAAAUCCUUCGGCAGCAGAUCAUUGAGGUGGAAAUAGCCAAACAGGCACUGCAGAAUGAGCUGGACAGGUUGAAAGAGAGCUCACUGAAGAGAAGAGGAAGCCGGGAAAUGCACAAAGAAAAGAAGACAUUCACCCAGGAGGACAGUGCUGACUUGAAGUGCCAGCUUCAGUUUGCCAAAGAAGAGGCAGUGCUGAUGCGUAAGAAAAUGGCCAAGCUGGGGAAGGAGAAAGAUGAACUGGAACAGGAGCUCCAGAAAUACAAGUCCAUCUAUGGAGAUGUGGAUAGUCCACUCCCUAUCGGGGAGGCAGGAGGGCCACCCAGCACUAGAGAGGCUGAGCUGAAACUUCGUCUGAAACUGGUGGAAGAGGAAGCUAACAUACUGGGCAGGAAGAUAGUUGAACUGGAGGUGGAGAAUAGAGGUAUUAAAGCUGAGAUGGAGGACAUGAGAUGCCAGUAUGAGAGAGAAUGUCUUAGCCGGGACCACAUUUCAAGCAUUCCUACCUCGCCAUACGGUGACUCCGUUGAGUCGGCAACAGAGCUGCGCCGUCACUUGCAGUUUGUUGAAGAAGAGGCGGAGCUGUUGAGGAGAUCGAUCUCUGAGAUUGAGGAUCACAACAAACAACUAACCAAUGAACUGAACAAAUUCAAGUUUGAGCCCAGUCAGGAGUCCAGCUGGCUGGAUGAUGGUGCCUCUAAAUACAGUGGAUCCCUACAAGAGGAGCUGAAAUCAGCAAGGAUGCAAAUCAAUGAACUGAGUGGAAAAGUGAUGAAACUCCAGUAUGAGAAUCGUGUGUUGAUGUCCAAUGUGCAGCGCUAUGAUCUUGUCUCUCACCUAGGGCUGCGCACUUCAAGUCCCAGGGACAGUGAUGCUGAGAGUGAUGCAGGAAAAAAAGAGAGUGACAGUGAAGAAGGCCGCCCAACUCAACCAAAGAGAGAAGGACCCAUUGGGGGCGAGAGUGACUCAGAAGAAGUUUAUGAGAAGACGUCGGGUUUUGAGAGCGUUAAGCCAUCAGAAGUUAGUGACCUCUGUUCUACUGAGUUAAUGAGAAUGAAAGAGGACACUGAGUCUUUAAUUAACAUCAAACAAGAGGCUGAACGGCUCGAAAGGACAGUGCUCCGUCUCAUCACUGACACUGAUAGUUUAAUUUAUGAUGCCAAGGUGCACAUCACCAGCAGUCCCUCCUCUGAGCAGGGUUUCAAAAGUGAUGGAGAGAGAGGUGAGGAUAAAAAUGAACCAGAACUUCUGGACACUAUCAAUUCAAGGAUGAAAGCUUUCCGUAAAGAACUACAGACCUUCCUGGAGAAGGUAGACCACAUUGGGGAAGGCCUCAAAGAACAAAUGGAAGACCUCUCCCCUUUGCCCCACCUGACAGAGUCUUCCAGUUUUCUGUCCACAAUGACAUCCAUGUCUCGAGACUCACCCAUUGGUAACCUAGGAAAGGAGUUAAUUACAGACUUCCAGUCCAAACUGAGGGAUCAGAUGGAGUGGCAGCUCAGCCAAGAUCGUGGAGAGGAGCAAGAGAUUCACCACCACCGAGCCACCACCGAGCCACACCGCAGAGCUGAUGGAGACAUUAAACUCUACAGGCCAGGCGACAAGGGCUGUUUCAGUCUAGAGCUCAGGGAUGCCAAUGUUUUACCUGUACAGAAUAUAUCGAUACAGGAGCUUCAGGCUCAACUUGAGCAGGAGACGAGACUUCACCAAGAGGAGAAAGAAAAGUUUACAGAGAGGAUCAUUCAGCUGGAGGAGGAGCAUCUGCAGGCCUUGCGGAGGAAAGAUUUGGAGGUGCAGAGCUUGACUUUGCAGAAUAAACUGGAGGAGAAGACGUGGGGUCAGGAGAAAAGUUUGAUGCAACAAGAACUCAGGCAUUUCAAGCAGAAUACCUUCCUCCUGUAUGUGAAACUGAAGUGGCUGCUGAAACACUGGCAGCAAGGCAAGCAAAUAGAAGAGGAAGGGGAGGACAUACUGGAGAUUGAACACCUCGAUGCCCUACCAGAAUUUGGCAUUCAGUCUGAACAAAAGGGAGAUGACCCAGAACGAGAUGAAGAGAAUGACCUUGUGUUUGCACUGAUGGAUUAUUCCCAACAUUCCACAUCAGAGAGCACUGACCAUGGACCACAGCUGCAGACUGCAGAACUAUUGCAGCAUCAAAAGCAGGCAAGUGAAAACCGGCGGCUCUUAAAUGCUCUGAAAACCUUGUUGGAUGACUUCCGUUCUGAGCUCCGAGAUGAUGAACGAGAGCGACAUGGGCUUCAGCAACAGUAUGCCACAGACAAGGCAGCUUGGGAGGUGGAAUGGACUGAGCUGAAGUGUCGUCUGGAGCAGCUGGAAGGGAAGAAUGAAAAAGCCCAGGGGGAAACUGUCCUGACCACUGAUUCAAAGGGAGCUUUUAAGAGGGAGAGAGAGGAGCACAAGAAAUUGCUGGCUGACAGUCACAGCUUGGUGAUGGACCUACGAUGGCAACUUCAGCACAGUGAGAGGAAUUGGAACAGGGAAAAGAUGGAGCUUCAGGAUAGAUUGGACCGAGACCGGCGAGAGUGGGAGCGACAAAAGAAGGAAUUGCUGAGGAGGAUAGAACAGCUUCAAAAAGAAGUGAGCACACGAAAAGGAGACAGCAUUCUUGCCGACCAGAAGGAAAGUAGCCUUCGUCCGUUUUCAAUCCAGGGAAACCUUCAUGUGCCUCAUCCAAUGGGGGCAAGGUCCUAUUCUGAUUCAGAUGCCAUACAGUUUGACGAUCAGUCACUGUCGAAGCUGAAAGAAAGUGAUAGGUGCACUGCCACAGAAAACCUCUUUCUCGAUUCAUUGUCUCUUGAUUCUCCUGAUGAAUCUGAUGAGCCUCGGCCUCAGAGAUUGGAGCGGGAGAAGUUCUUGUCUUGCUUAACUGAAGAAGAAGAAACGCACAAGGGAAAUCUUCAAAGGGCAGUGUCUGUUUCCUCCAUGUCAGAAUUCCAGCGUUUGAUGGAUAUUUCUCCAUUCCUUCCUGAAAAGACCUUGCCUUCAUCUAGUAGUAAGGAAGAUAUAACUCCUCCUCUGUCGCCUGAUGAUCUGAAAUACAUUGAAGAGUUCAACAAAAACUGGGAUUAUGGUAACACCAGGAUCCAUAGUGGGGUUACAGAAAAGCCUACAGAAGCCUGGGCAGAAAGGACAGAAAAUGGGAAAGUAAGAAGUGAUUCACCUUCAGAUCCAUUCCAAGCAUCAUCAUGGUACCUUACCACCAGUGUUACUAUGACAACCAAUACCGUGACAAGCCCAGAGCCCUGCCAGAAGCAGCCACUGAGGAGCCACAUUGUAACAGAAAAAAUGGGGGUUAAGGUCUUUCACAGUCCGCCAGUUAUCCGUAGACUUGAUAACUCAGCGAUAGCUGGUAAUGGAGGGAAAAAACAGGUUGAGCCAGACUUUUUGUUUUCUGUGACCAAAGCUAAGGGGAGUGUGGGUGAGACAAAAGGUGCUUCCUCAGAUGUGUUUGGGAGAUGGUCUUGUGAUCUCACCAAACACCAUAAAGAUUUUUUGGAAAGUCGUCUUCAUCCUAUUGAGCAUCCUAUUUGCACUGCUGUGGGUUUUGCCUCAUCCUUGCAGAGCCUGGAGCUGUCCAAGAACAUGAGUGACGAUAUGAAGGAGGUAGCUUACUCUGUCAGAAAUGCAAUACGUUCUAACUCUAAUUCGGCAGAGCCUCAAUUUAAGGACAUGGCUUGUCAAACCAAUGGUAUAAGAACUACAGGGACACAGACCACCCAGACGAUCAGUGUUGGCUUGCAGACAGAAACUUUGCGCAGCAUCACCAGCAGUCCACACAAGUGUCUGACACCAAAGGGGGGCUCCACACCAAUCUCAUCACCAUCAAGAAGCUUAAGGAGCAGGCAGGUAGCCCCUGCCAUCGAAAAGGUCCAGGCCAAGUUUGAACGCACGUGCUGUUCUCCCAAAUAUGGUUCUCCAAAAUUACAAAGAAAAAUCCUUCCAAAAACAGAUCAGCCAAAUAACCGGACUUUACCAGGCACGCCUCAGAAAGGAUUCAGUGAGUCUGCUUGGGCUAGGUCAACUACUACAAGGGAGAGCCCAGUUCAUACCACCAUCAAUGAUGGCCUCUCCAGUUUGUUCAAUAUUAUUGACCAUACCCCUGUUGUUCAAGAGACCCUCCAAAAAUGUGCCAGGUCUAGCAGCCGAUCUAGGUCAGCAGAACCCAGAUCAGAACUGGGGCCCAUGCAGGAAAUGUGUACAAGUGCCCGUGGCCGGUCACCCAGUCCUCUCCGUUUGGGUGCAGAGAUGGAAAAGGAAGAAGAGUCUGAGGCAACAAGUGUCAGGCAAGAUUUAUCUGCUCCUCCGGGAUAUACACUUACAGAAAAUGCUGCCAGGAUCUUGAAUAAGAAACUUUUGGAGCAUGCCUUAAAGGAAGAGACAAAGCUAGCUUCACGCAGCCCACCGAGUCUUAGCAAUGACAACAGCACAGGAGAAAUAGUCAAAGUAGAACCAGGGUCCAUUGAGGAACUACCUUGUUCCGCACUAGCUCCGUCCCUAGAAUCCUGCUUCUCACGGCCAGAGAGACCAGCAAAUCGGCGCCCACCUUCAAGAUGGGCUUCACAUUCCCCUACUGCCUCACAAUCUCAGUCAACUGGAGAUUUGACUUCCUUUGAGGAAUAUGGAAGCAAGAAACUGCUGAUGGAGAACCCAAACCAGUGAUGCAAGCCUGCAUGAAUUAUCAUGGGAAGAAUUCACUGUAAUUUGCAUUUUAGCACCAUCACCAUGGCCCGUCUUUCUCAACAAAGAGAGAUCUAGUUGUUGAGGUCAACUAAUGUUUUCAAGAUCAGCUGCUGAAUGUCCAACCUGUGAAACAGCGAUGUUUCUAGAAUGAAACAGUUAACGUGCCUGUAAUAACUUAAUUUUUUCAUAGCUCAGAAAACUAUUUUUGUCUCCAUCUUUUCUACAUACAGUCUAUUAACAAAAAAGGUAAAAUGAUAUAAAUAUAAAGAAUAAGAUUUAAAAUAAAAUGUACAUUAAGUUUUAAUGGAAACUGAAUGCACUCCCUCUCCCCCAGUACUGACUGCCUUUUUGUUAUAUUUGCACUGUCUGUUUUUUAUUUUGGGGUUUUG